AUGCAAUACAUCUUCAUACAAGACAUUCCUAUUCCAGCUAUUUCGCAACGAGAACAACCAAAUAUGCCUCACGCAGCCGCUUUCCUACCGUUGUUGUUCUUGUCGUCCUUGAUACCCGGAAGCUCUACCUUACCAUUGGCUCUCUAUACAGGCCCAAUCAACACCGUCACGUACUGGGAGGAAGUUACGAUAUCGUCAUGCUUCGAGGCUGUGACCGGCUGUCCCACUGGAAUCAGCUCUUCAACAGUUGGGCUGGCUACUGCAUUGUCCUCUCCGAUCAGCACCACCACACCCACUGCUGCUCUUACCACCCCAUCGACUCAGAACGCUACCAACACCACAUCUCUCCGGGCUUUAACCACCAGCUCCAUUCGACCCAUCACCACCACGUCUUCUUUGCCACUCACCAACUCAUCUAGUACGACCCUUGCCUCCGCAUCUGCCACGGCUGUGUCUGGAAGUGGAUUGCCAAUUACUGUCAAAUACCAAGGACAGGGAGUGAAUCUAUACCUGACCGGCAAGGACGCAAAUGGACGGCUCGUCUUAUUACAGCCGAAUGGACAGUGGUACUAUCCACCGACGGACAUCUCUUCGUCAGUCCCAACGGUAAUCUCUGCUGACAAGAUCACAAUACCGGUGUCCGGCUCGGGCCCAUCGACUACUAUCACAAUGCCAAGAUAUCUGGAAGCGGGAAGAAUAUGGCUCGCCCAGGGAAGUCUGCAGUUUUCGGUUGUCAUGACCUCCGCGGGGCCUUCUUUGGUCGAGCCUUCAAUCAACGGACCUGCGGGUAAUAUCACCGAUUGGGGCUUUGUCGAGCUCACAUACACGGCGGAAGGCCUCAUCUGGGUAGACAGCACCUAUGUCGACUUCGUCGGCAUGAACCUGGCAAUUACUCUCCAGGGCGCAGAUAUUGGCACGGAAACAGUCCCCGGCCUGGAAGAGAACGCUGUCGAGACUCUCUGCCAAAACUUGACGUCCCAGGCGUCAAAAGAUGGAUACCCUUGGGAUGAGCUUUGCGUCGCUGCCCCUAAUGGAAAACCCGGUCACGUCCUGGCGCCCGCCGACUAUAUCAACAAUAAGAAUUCGAAUGCCUUUGCCGGCUACUACGAUUCUUAUGUUGACCAAGUUUGGUCCACCUACUCCAGUCAACCUUUGAUAAUCGACAGCCAGGCUGCGCACCUGGGCAACAUUUCAUGCACAGUCAGCAACAGCAAUCUCAUCUGCAAGGAUGAGAAAGGUUCGAGUGCAACAUUUGCAAAGCCUUCGGCAGCGGACAUCUUCAGCUGUGCGAGCGGCCCGUUCGCCCUCGGCUCUUCGGCCACAGGUGUGCAGAAGGCGGUUGUCCCCCGGCUGUGUGCCGCCUUCCACCGUUCUACCCUUCUUCUGAACGGGGGCAAUAAUCAACCCAAUGGAGUAGCCCCAAAAUACUACUACAGCACGGAGACGACAAAUUGGUACAGCAAGCUAGUCCAUGAGCUGGAGAAGGACGGUCGAGGUUAUGCUUUCCCUUACGAUGAUGUUGCACGGGAUAGCAGCAAUGGUGAUGAGAAUCAGUCUGGUGUCAUAGUUUCAAAUAGCCCUACAGCCCUGAUAAUAACAAUUUCGCCUAAGCUAACUUGGUCCGAGAAGCUCGAUCUCGUACCAGCAUUCUUGUCCAUAGCACUUGCGGCAUUUUACGCUGGCAUUAAGUGGCCUCUACAUCCAUCUUCUGGAGCGGAUACCUACUACCACCACAUCAUUCACGCUCUCGUUCGUCAGGUUACUCGGAGGUUAAGUAUAGCACAGGCGCAAUGGGUCAGUCCAUCAUUCAUCAAGGUCUAUGAAAAAUGGUGCUCAAAAAACCAAUAUCCCACAACCAUUGUCUCUAUUUCUCAGUUUACAGAAGGGCUUUGGCUCGGGAAUUCCAGUGCAGAUUAUGUUAUGAUCUACUUCCACGGAGGAGGUUUUGCAUUUGGGGGCAAUGAUGGCCACCUUUUACUCUGGGACACGAUUAUCGCGCAACUCCAAGCAGCAGGGAUAUCGUUGGGCGUCCUGUUUGUGGUCUACCCAUUGAUGCCCUACUCGGUGUUUCCCUGUCAAUUCCAGGAAGCCAUCAAUUCGAUUCGAUAUGUAAUUACAGAUCUAGGCCGCCGUCCGGGGCAGAUCAUACUUGGAGGCGACUCUGCGGGAGGUAAUCUUGUUGCAACUGCCUUGCUCCAUGCCAAAUUACCUUCAACUUUGGCAUCUCCUCUACCGGAAGUAUUGAGUCUGGAAAAAUUCAAAUCAGCGAUCCUGAUUUCACCUUGGGUCAAUUUCAAUACAGCACUGCCUAGUUUCAAGAGCAACCGAAACAAAGAUUACCUGGAAGCGGAAACAGAGAAACGCUGGAGUGACAUGUACGUCAACACACAGCCAGCUUCGCCAUAUAAUGAACCGGCCUUGGCCUCGCCCAUUCAAUGGAGUGGGCUACCCGUUAAGGACGUCCUUGUGACGGCAGGUUCAAAUGAAGUCCUGCUCGAUGGUAUCGAGGAAUGGGUGAAAACGCUCCAAGUCAGUUUCCACAACACGAACAUUACCUACAAAUUGGCAGACAACGAGCCUCAUGAAGCACCACUAAUCUGGCCGAUUUUUGGAGACCACCGGGAAACACAAACGCACCUCAACAUCCUCGAAUGGCUGACGAGACAUCUCAAGGAUUCGGAGACUGCUUGA